AUGUUUUCAAAAGUCAGAGUCAUCAGUGACUGGUUGCAAAGUGUUGAUUUGGAGUUUCUGGUCGCUUUACAAAGAAUAUUUGAUCUGAUCAAACAUUUGUUUGAAACUCGAAGUUUUAUUGACACAGAGGAGUUUGAACAAUUACCUUUUAUUAGAAAAGUUAACAAUUCAGAUCAAAUGAAGAAUCUUAAAGAAGUGUGUUUGUCAAUAACAGAAAAUUUUCUAAAGUCGUUAAUUUUCCGUUUCAGUGAUUCUCUAAACAAAGUCACGACUGUCAUGCCAAAUGAUAACGAUUCAACACAAACAAAAGUUAGUCAAAGUGAUUUCAAACUGACACAUUUUGGACACUUUGAACAGUUGUACGAACGAAAUGAUUUUGUUUUAAAAACUGACAUAUUGUUGAAUUUGAUUCCUAACAAUAUAGAGCGUCCGAGGUAUUACCGGUAUAACUCUGAGCAAGAAAAGAAAGUCAAGGAAUUUGAACAUAUUAUCAAAUUGAAACCAGAGUUCGAAAGUGUAAGGGAUAAACAAAAAAAUGGCACUUUAUCUCAGAUUCAACUCCCAAAAAUUAGAAUGUUCAAAGAUAUUAAAUCUAAUGUAGAAAACUUUCAUUCAACAAGCCAUUAUGAAGUCAAUUCUAUGGAAGAAGAAACUGAUAACGCAUCAACAAUGAGUGAUGUUGACCAAAUUUAA